GUAAUAAUGGAGGUUGUGAGUGAACCUCAGAGCUCCAUCUGACUAUGCUUCUUUUCCCACCAACAACAAAAUGAACGAAGGCGACAAUCGUCACAGCUUGCACCAGUCAGGAAAAUAACCACAAACGCACAGGGAAAUGAAGCAGAGGUUCUCAUCGUUGGAUGUAAAAGUCAUCUCCCACGAGCUGUCCGCCAACCUCGUACCCUUGCGGGUCUCGAAUAUCUAUGACCUCUCCUCUAAGAUCCUCCUAUUUAAAUUCUCAAAGCCCGGAGUCAAGAAGCAGCUCCUUAUAGACUCUGGCUUCCGUACCCACUUGACUGAGUUUGCGCGCACCACCGCUGCUGCACCGUCCGACUUCGUCCAGAAGCUGCGCAAGGCUUUGAAAACAAGACGGGUGACCGCCGUGUCUCAGAUAGGUACAGACCGUAUUAUCGAGUUCCAGUUCAGCGAUGGCCAAUACAGACUAUACCUUGAGUUCUUUGCGAGUGGCAAUGUUAUCCUGACGAACAGCGAGCACAAAAUUCUCACCCUGUUGCGGCACGUCCCGGAAGGAGAGGGCCAGGAACCUCAGCGUCCCGGUCUGACCUACUCGUUGGAAAAUAGGCAAAACUUUAGCGGUAUCCCGGCCCUGACGAAGGAACGCUUACGAAAUGCACUCCGGGCCACCGUCGAUAAGGCCGCCGCGUCUGCCACUGCGGGCAAAAAGAUAAAAAAGAAGCCGGGCGAUGAAUUGCGCAAGGGUCUUGCUACCACCAUCACCGAGUUCCCGCCGAUCUUAGUUGACCACGCCCUGAAUGUCACUAGCUUCGAUUCUACUCUACAACCAUCUGCGGUUCUUGAGAAUGAAGGACUACUUGACGACCUAUUACGGUCUCUGGAGGAAGCCCGCAAGAUCGUUAAAGAAAUAACUAGCUCCGAUAGCUCUAAGGGGUAUAUUCUAGCCAAAACGAAGCCGGGCGUUGGGGCAGCGCUGCCAGAAACCUCAGACGGGGAAGAGAGGCAGCAGAAAGAUAACCUGCUUUAUGAAGACUUCCAUCCGUUCCUACCCCGCCAAUUUGAGCAAGACCCAGCCUACACCGUGCUUACAUUCGACAACUUCAACAAGAUGGUAGACGAGUUUUUCUCUUCUGUGGAGGGGCAGAAGCUCGAAUCGCGAUUAUCUGAGAGGGAAGCCGACGCAAAGCGAAAGCUGGAUGCCGCCAAAGCCGAUCACGCCAAGAGGAUCGAGGGUCUACAAGCAGUCCAGCAGCUGAAUAUUCGCAAAGCUAACGCUAUCGAAGCCAAUGUUGAGAGAGUUCAGGAAGCUAUUGAUGCAGUGAAUGGGUUAAUACAACAGGGGAUGGACUGGGAGGAUAUUGGCAAGCUUGUAGAACGGGAGCGCCAACGGAACAACCCCGUAGCCCUGGUUAUCCAGCUUCCUCUCAAGCUCCACAACAACACCAUCACGGUAUUACUCGGCGAGGCUGAGGAGGACGAGGAGGAAGACGAAGGCGUUGAUGCCUCUGACACCGACUCUUCAGUCUCGGACAGCGGCUUUUACUCCAAUACCGACGCUUCUUCGUCGAGGGGUCGCGGUCGCCGACUAGCGAUUGAUGUCGAUCUUGGACUCUCCCCUUACGGCAAUGCGCGCGAGUACUAUGGCGAGAGAAAAGUGGCCGCCGUGAAAGAACAGAAGACAGUGCAACAAUCGGAGACCGCCUUGAAGAACGCAGAGCAGAAAAUUGCCGCAGAACUGAAAAAAGGCUUGAAGCAAGAGAAACCGGUCCUACAGCCGAUCCGAAAACAACUAUGGUUCGAGAAGUUUACCUGGUUCAUCUCGUCUGACGGCUAUCUUGUUCUCGGUGGCAAGGAUGCCCAGCAGAACGAGAUGCUCUAUAGACGAUACCUGAAAAAAGGCGACGUUUACGUGCAUGCAGACUUUCACGGCGCGCCGUCUGUGAUAAUCAAGAAUAGUCCAAACACACCCGACGCACCUAUACCCCCAUCAACCUUGUCGCAAGCCGGAUCUUUAGCUAUUUGCGCCUCGUCAGCUUGGGACUCGAAGGCCGUUACAAGCGCUUGGUGGGUGAACGCAGACCAGGUUUCGAAGUUAGCACCUACUGGGGAAUUCCUAGGUAUCGGCAGCUUUAUAGUGCAAGGGAAGAAGAAUUUCUUGCCCCCUACACAAUUAUUGCUGGGGUUUGCCCUGAUGUUCAAGAUAAGCGAAGAAAGCGCGGCCAAGCAUGUUAGGCAUCGUCUCUACGAUCGUCCGGAAAACAUAACUGCUAAGAAAAGCUCGGCGGGUACUACGGGUAACACCGAGGGCGACACCACACAGGAAGCCGCUGCAGGGGAUGACGAAAGCGAUUCGGGUGAUAGCGCUGCAGAUCAAGGAGAUUCGAGGCCGAAAGAUAACCCACUUCAACCCACGGCUCGUCAGGGCCAGGAGCCCGAAGGCGUGGUGCCGACGGUGGAAGAAGACAUUCCUAUCCAAGAGGUUAGCGACUUGAUAAUAGCCGAGGAGGCUCCCACAGCAGGCGGAGCCGAAUCUGAGGCUGAGGCUGAGGCUGAGGCUGAGGCUGAGCCAGAGCUAGAGCUAGAGUCAGCGCCAGCUAGCGAGGCUGGUAAUGAACAAGCGGGCUCGGAAGCGACAGCGGAGGCCGAACCCAACCCGGCACCGGCUGCUACAACGAACAGCCCAGGGUCGGAAGCGCCGUCGAGGAAGUCGACCCCUCAACCACAGGCGUCCAAUAAAGGCCAGCAACCGCCGAAGCGGGGCCGGCACAGCAAGGCUAAGAAGAUCGCCGCGAAGUACAAGGACCAGGACGACGAGGACCGCGCGGCGAUCGAGGAGCUGACGGGCGCCGCGGCCGGGAGGCGGAAGGCAGAGGCAGAGGCGCGGGCCCGGGCAGAGCGCGAGGCCCAGCGGGAGGCGGCGGCGGAGCGGCGGCGGGCGCAACAGGAGCGACAGCGGCGGGAGGUGGCGAAGCACGAGGAGGCGCGGCGGCGGGCGAUGAUGCCGGAGGUGGGAGGCGCAGAGACGGAGGCGGAGACGGCGGGGGCGGAGGCGGAGGAGGAGACGGCGGCGGAGCUGGCGCUGCUCGACGGGCUGGUGGGGUCGGCGCUGCCCGGGGACGAGAUCCUCGAGGCAGUGGCGGUGUGCGGGCCGUACGCGGCGCUGGGGCGGUGCAAGUACAAGGUGAAGCUGCAGCCGGGGACGCAGAAGAAGGGCAAGGCGGUGCGGGAGGUGGUGGAGGCGUGGAAGGCGGCGGCGGCGCGGCGCGGCGCGGUGGACGAGGCGGCGCGCGACCGCGACCGCAUGUGGCCCCGCGAGGUCCAGCUCCUCGGCGCCCUGAAGCCCGAGGAGCUCGUCAACGUCGUGCCCGUCGGCAAGCUCAGGGUCAUGCUGAGCAGCGCGGGCGGCGGCCCCGGCGGGAGUAAAGCCGGAGGAGGCGGAGGCGCAAGCGCAGAUGCGGAGGGGAAGGGGAAGAGCGGGAAGAAGAGGUAAGGCUGGGGCUUGGGUACAUACCUAUAGGUGUAGCCCUUGUCUAUUCCGAACAUCGUAUAUCACGAGAAAGCCUUGUGUCGUAAGCGAGACUUUUUAAAAUACAACAUUGGCCCCUCUUAGCGGACAAUUAGGUGAAUUAGGGAAGUGUUCAAGACGGAUUUGGUGGAUUAAAUUUCU